UGACGUUUCUCUUGUUGUAACAACCAGACAAGAGGACAGGGCGCUGUUACGGAAGGCCGACUUGGCCAUGCUUCGCCCGCUUAGGGUGAUCAACCUUACGUCGUCUCUGACACGCUAUACAGCAGGACUCCAACUUCAGGAUUCGAUAGCUGAAGAACGCAAAAGCGGCUUGGUUGGCGACACCCUUCUUUUGCUGCAGCAUUAUCCAGUAUACACGCUUGGCAAAAGAGGCAGCGACGUUGACUUCAAGAAGCCCAAAGAGGAACUCGAGGCGUCGGGCGUCGAAAUUUGCGUUGUGCCAAGAGGUGGCGAGGUGACAUUCCAUGGGCCAGGCCAGCUUGUCGCCUACCCAAUCUUGGGUGUGCGGCAAGCCGGUCUAGGUGCGCGCACCUAUGUGGAAGGGCUGGAAGACAGCCUCAUCGACUGUCUUGCAAAGUACGGCAUCGCAGCCCGCGGCCGCGUGCCUGGCGCCACCGGGGUGUGGGUCGGGGAGCGAAAGAUAGCGGCCAUCGGAGUCCGCAUAUCCCAUGGCAUCAGCUCCCAUGGCCUAGCACUCAACAUCAACACAGACCUGUCGUACUUUGACAACAUCAUACCCUGCGGCAUCCGCGACAAGGAGGUCACCUCCAUUGCUCGGGAGCUCCUGCGCCGGCGAACGCCGCAGCCAACUCGUGGGUCGGACUCCGCCCCUGACAGCAACCUUCGCCUUUACCAGGACCAGAACCCGCUGUCACUGCAGCCUCAGCCUCAGCAGCAGCAGCUGGAGCAGGACCGGUUGCAAUCAUGGGUGGAUUCAGGGGCAGGGGCAGUGGGUUGCCCUAACAUCGUCACCGCAAUUUCGUUGUCGGUUCCAGAGUUUGGGACAGUGGUGGGGGAGCUCGUGGAGAGCUUCAGCCGGCGACUGGGGUUCAGGCCGGAGGAGGUGCGUUGCUAGCCUCGAUGGGAGGAAAGAAUUGGUUGGUGUGGUGUUGUGCUGGUGAUGGUGAUGGUGGUAAAACAACAGAGCUAACGGGGCUGCUGACCACACGAUAGCGCUGUCGACCGAGGAGAGGAGCACUGGCGACUGGGGUGGUACCGGUAAUGGUG